AUGCGUUUUCUUUUGUGUUUGUUGUUUAGCUUAUUAGCUUUUGUGUUUAGUCAAACACUUUCAAAUGUCCGGCUCGCCGAUCAUACGAGCUAUAUUGUAGAACUUGUACAGAAAACUGUCGAUCGGGUUCAGAAAAAUAAUUGGAACGGCCUUAAAGUUCAUGAUGUUAGCAUUGAGAUUGACGAAGAAGUCCUAAAUAAAACCAUCCAGGGUACAGUCUUUCUGAGUAAUGGGUUUAUAGUAUCGAUGCAGCAUUUAACCCUUGUUUCGUCAACGAUCCAACAAGCCUGGUUGUAUACGAGAGCUACAAAUACCACGACUCUGGAACUACGAAGUACUAUGCAAAUGACGAACGUCGCCAUUGGCUUUGACGUAGAUGGAACGAUAGACGGCGAAAAAUACCAUAACACAGCCACAAUAUUAUAUCCAUCAAUGCAAUUUAGAUUAGUGCUAGUAAGAAACUUAUUUACCGAUGAACUAUCUUCAAGAGCUGAGCCCAUUUUGUGGAGAACAACAAAUCAAUUGCAAUUCUUACCUUCGGAUACAUUUUCACAAGUUUUAGUCCAUUUGUAUGACUGGAACAGUACCUUUCCAAGUCUUCAGACGUGGGCCAGUGAGGUAUUUGCGCCUAUAAUACUUGAUGUAGCCGAAACGGAGCAUCCGAUACCGGGGUUCUGUUACGAUUGUCCUGCCUAA